GCGCGGCGGCGGCGGCGGCGGCGGCGGCUCCGGGCGGCCUCAGCCAUGGGCAACGAGGCGAGCCUGGAAGGCGAAGGGCUCCCCGAAGGGCUGGCGGCGGCCGGCGUGGAGGCGGACCUGAGCCGGCUGAGCGAGGACGAGAGGAGGCAGAUCGCCGCCGUCAUGUCAAGGGCGCGGGGGCUGCCGGCGGGGAGCGCGUCCGCCGCCGCCGCCGCCGCCGCCGCCGAGCCGCCUCCCCGGCACAGGAAACAAGAGUUGGAUAGUAGUCACCUUCCCAAGCCGCCAGGAAAACCGCCCGACCCAGGGCAUCCCGCUCAGCCUGGCCUCAGUAAAAGCAGAACUACGGACACUCUGAGGUCAGAACAGAAAUUGCCUGGAAGGAGUCCUUCCACUAUUAGUUUGAAAGAAUCAAAGUCCAGAACUGAUUUUAAGGAAGAGCACAAGUCUGGUAUGAUGCCUGGCUUCCUCUCAGAGGUUAACCCAUUAAGUGCUGUCUCCUCUGUUGUAAAUAAGUUCAAUCCCUUUGAUUUGAUAUCAGACUCUGAUGCAUCCCAGGAAGAAACUGCCAAGAAACAAAAAACAGCUCAGAAGGAACAAGGAAAACCCGACGGGACCACAAAGCCUCCGUCACAGCAGCAGUCACCCAAGUCAGUUCCUAAGCAGCAAGGACCUGUGAGGGCCCCGCAUCAGCAGGAUGGCUCUCCCAAAUCGGCAUCUAGGCAACCAGAACAAAUGAAAUCACAACCUCCAGGGACCGGGAAGCCAAUUCAGGGACCUACCCAGGCUCCUCAGACAGAUCAGACGAAAUUGCCGCUCCAAAGAGAUGCCACUAGGCCUCAGACUAAACAGUCAGACACGGUGAAGGGAGAAUCCCUCAAACCCUCGCUGCAAAGCUCGUCCAAACCACCGACUCAGCAAACGAGCCCUGGAAAGCCUCCAGCCCAGCAGCCUGGACCUGAAAAAUUUUCCACGCCACAGCCUGGACCUGCAAAACCCUCAGCUCAGCAACCAGGGUCAGGGAAGACCCUGGCCCAACAGCCAGGGGCAGCAAAACCCUCCGCUCAGCAGCUGACAGACAAACCCCCAGUCCAGCCACCAGGGACAGUAAAGCCUGCAGCUCAUCAGCCUGGGUCAAAGUCUCCUGCUCAGCCUCUGGGACCAGCAAAGCCCCCUGCUCAGCAGACGGGGCCACCAAAAUCCCCAGCUCACCAACCUGGGCCGCAGUCUCCAGCUCAGCCAGCUGGGCCUACAAAGACACCUGCGCAGCAGGUUGGGCCAGUGAAGUCUCAGGCUCAGCAGCCUGGGCCAGGAAAGACUCCUGCUCAACAGCGUGGCCCAGCAAAACCCCCAGCUCAACAGCCUGGCCCAGCGAAACCCCCAGCUCAACAGCCUGGCCCAGCGAAACCCCCAGCUCAACAGCCUGGCCCAGCGAAACCCCCAGCUCAACAGCCUGGCCCAGCGAAACCCCCAGCUCAACAGCCUGGCCCAGCGAAACCCCCAGCUCAACAGCCUGGCCCAGCGAAACCCCCAGCUCAACAGCCUGGCCCAGCGAAACCCCCAGCUCAACAGCCUGGCCCAGCGAAACCUUCAGCUCAACAGCCUGGCCCAGCAAAGCCCUCAGCUCAGCAAUCUACCAAACCUGUAAGCCAAUCAGGAGCUGGGAAACCUCUGCAGCCGCCGACUUCUCCAUCUGCAGCCCAGAUUCCAGUACAAGGCCUCCCUAAAACCAUCUGUCCUCUUUGCAACACUACUGAACUUCUGUUGCAUCUUCCAGAAAAGGCCAAUUUUAACACAUGCACUGGAUGUAAAACCACUGUGUGCAGCCUCUGUGGUUUUAAUCCCAAUCCUGAUAUAGCCGAGGUAAAAGAGUGGCUCUGUUUAAAUUGUCAGAUGCAAAGAGCUCUAGGAGGUGACCUGGCCCCAAUUCCAUCAUCACCCCAGCCCAAACCGAAGGCAGCCCCAGUUAUUCCCGCAUCAGUGGUGAGCAAGCCAUCCCCACAGUCACAGCAGAUUUCUCCGAAGAAGGAUACUGUUCCCAAACAGGAUAUCUCAAAGGCACCUGAGUCUAAAAAGCCUCCACCACUAUUGAAACAACCAACCCUUCACGGUUCUCCCCCCAUCACGGCCAAGCAGCCUCAUGUGGCAGAAUCCUCAUCCAAGCCAGCCCCUCCCGAAGAGCCUUCUGUCCCCUCCGAGCCGGCCAAGGCCCCCAUGGCUGAUGAUAAACCAAAGCAGCCCACGAUGGCGAAGCCAGCCACAGACAUUGUGUCUUCAUCGCCAACAGCAACAAAACCUGAUAUUCCAAGCUCCAAAAUACGAUCCCAGGAUCAAGAGAAAACAGCUCCUCCCCUGAAAACAGACUCUGCCAAACCUUCACAGAGUUUCCCACCAACUGGGGAAAAAGUCACCCCAUUCGAUUCUAAAGUCAUACCUCGGCCUGCAUCAGAUUCGAAAAUGUUAUCACAUCCGGGGCCCAGUGUGGAGAGCAAAGGUAAAAAACAAGUGGACCCAGUGCAAAAGAGGGAAGAACCCAAGAAAACACAAACCAAAACCAGCCCUAAGCCAGAUGCCAAGCCUGUGCCAAAAGGGUCACCAACACCUUCCGGCCCACGACCUACCGCUGGCCAAACUGCACCCCCAUCUCCCCAGCCACCAAAGCCUCAGGAGCAGUCAAGGCGUUUCAGCCUGAAUGUGGGGAGUAUCACUGAUGCUCCUAAGUCACAGCCCACCACCCCUCAAGAAACGAUGACGGGGAAGCUCUUUGGGUUUGGAGCGUCAAUCUUCAGCCAGGCAUCGAAUUUAAUCUCCACAGCAGGCCAGCCUGGAUCUCAUGCACAGAGUGGGCCAGGGGCCCCAGCAAAACAAGCCCCUCCUCCCGCACAGCCACCCCCUUCUCAGGGGCCACCCAAGUCUACAGGUCAGGCACCACCAGCACCUGCAAAGGUCCUUCCUGUGAAAAAGGAAGCAAAAGCUCCAGGAGCUGAAAAAUUAGAGCCCAAAGAUGGGCAAGUUCCAACCGUCAAAAGAACAGAAACAGAAAAGAAGCCUCAGCCUACCAAGGAUCGAAAACCUUCAGCAGCUGAGCCUCCAAAGGCCGAGCUUCCCCCACAAGUGGAGAAACCCUCCAAACCAGUAUCAGCCUGUCCUCUCUGCAAAACUGAGCUCAACGUAGGUUCCAAGGAGCCUCCUAAUUUCAAUACUUGCACCGAGUGCAAGCAACAAGUGUGUAAUCUCUGUGGAUUUAACCCUACGCCACACUUGACGGAGAUUCAAGAAUGGCUUUGUUUAAAUUGCCAAACCCAGAGAGCGAUGUCCGGGCAGCUUGGAGACAUGGGCAAAAUGCCUCCUGCACUGUCAGGGCCAAAAGCCCCUCCUGUGCCUUUUCCUACAGAGCAGUCACCUCAGAAAAUGGCCAUGCCUGGUCAAGCGAAAGUUAAAAAGAAGGAACAAGAAGCAAAAACAGAAAGUGACAAAAUCAUACCAGAAAAAGUAAAAGAAACACCAUUAUUUGAAAAAAUGUCUCCCAAGGUAACCACAGAUAAAAAACAAGAAGAACAUAAACAAGAAAAAGACCAAGCUUUAGCCCCUCAAGAAAAAAAAACAGUCCAUGAAGAAAAACAGCCUCCUCCUGAAGAGAAAAAGGCGGCCACUGGAGACAAAAAGCCACCUCCUGAAGAGAGAAAACCAGCCACUGAGGACAAAAAGCCAGCCACUGGAGACAAAAAGCCACCUCCUGAAGAGAGAAAACCAGCCACUGAAGGGAAAAAACCUCCUGAAGAAGAAAAACCAACCAUUGAGGACAAAAAGCCACCUCCAGAAGAAAAACCAACCAUUGAGGACAAAAAGCCACCUCCAGAAGAAAAACCAACCAUUGAGGACAAAAAGCCACCUCCAGAAGAAAAACCAACCAUUGAGGACAAAAAGCCACCUCCUGAAGACAAAAAGUUUCCUCCGGGAGCAAAAACAUCAGCUCUCGAGGAGGAAAAGAAACAGACUUUGCUUAAAACUCAAGAACAAGUUGCUGAAGAAAAGCCUGAAGACAGAGUGGCUGCUCAGGCAGUGCCAGGAAAGCAGCCACCCCCCAUGCAGAUGGAGGGUUUACCUCCUGGGCCACUUCAGACAUUACCUGAGGGGGGCGACGGGGCAGCUCAAGGAAUCAAAGACCAGCCACAGGAAGUCCAUGCAGCGAAGCCUGAUCAGGUGGAACCCGGGAAAGAAAAAACAGAAAAGGAAGAUGACAAAUCAGACACCUCAAGUUCUCAACAGCCAAAAAGCCCACAAGGUCUAAGUGACACGGGAUAUUCUUCCGAUGGCAUAUCAGGUUCACUUGGUGAAAUCCCGAGUCUUAUUCCAAGUGAUGAAAAGGAUUUGCUCAGGGGACUCAAAAAGGACUCGUUUUCACAAGAAAGCAGCCCCUCCAGCCCCUCAGACUUGGCCAAGUUAGAAAGCACAGUCCUCUCCAUUUUGGAAGCCCAGGCAAGUACACUCAUUGAAGAAAAAUCAGAAAAGAAAACACCACCCCAAGAGGUUUCUCCCGAGAAGCCCAAGGAGGAGUCGAUAACUCAGAGUUUAACUCACACAAUGGAAACUGCAGUUUCAGAAGAGAAGCUCAAAGAGAGCCAAGAAGCAAAAGACACUUUUACAAAAGAUGGCCAACAAGGCACCCCUCCCAAAAAGGACCACAAAGAAAAGGCUGAGUUUGCUGAUGACACGGCUACCCGAAGACAGCCUUAUGAUUCCUUGGAAGACAGCAGUGAAAGUGAACACUCACCUGUCCCACCGAGAAAGCGGAGAACUAGUGUGGGCUCAUCGAGCAGCGAUGAGUAUAAACAGGAAGAUAGCCAAGGAUCCGGUGAAGAGGAGGACUUUAUUCGAAAGCAAAUCAGAGAAAUGAGUGCCGAUGAGGACGCUUCAGGGUCUGAGGACGAUGAGUUCAUCCGGAACCAGCUCAAACAGAUCAGUGGUAUCAUUGAGAGCCAGAAGAAGGAGGAAACAAAAGGAAAAGGGAAAGUCACUGCAGGGAAACACAAGCGACUGACUCGAAAAAGCAGCACAAGCUUUGAGGAAGACGCAGGGAGGCGCCAUUCGUGGCAUGAUGAAGAUGAUGAGACGUUUGACGAAAGUCCUGAAAUUAAAUACAGAGAGACUAAAAGUCAGGAGAGUGAAGAACUUGUAGUUGCUGGAGGAGGAGGGCUCCGUCGGUUUAAAACAAUUGAACUCAACAGCACGCUAGCUGACAAGUAUUCUGCAGAGUCGUCACAGAAAAAAACAGCUCUGUAUUUUGAUGAAGAGCCAGAAUUAGAAAUGGAAAGCCUGACAGACUCUCCAGAAGACAGGUCGAGGGGGGAAGGAUCUUCAAGUCUUCAUGCUUCCAGCUUCACUCCUGGCACAUCCCCUACGUCGGUGUCAUCGCUUGAUGAGGACAGUGACAGUAGCCCAAGUCACAAAAAAGGGGAGAGCAAGCAGCAACGCAAAGCGAGGCACAGGUCGCAUGGCCCUCUUUUACCCACUAUUGAAGAUUCUUCAGAGGAAGAAGAAUUGAGAGAGGAAGAAGAAUUACUGAAGGAGCAAGAAAAGCAGCGGGAAUUAGAACAGCAGCAAAGAAAAAGUUCUAGUAAAAAAUCAAAGAAAGACAAAGAUGAGCUUCGGGCUCAGAGAAGGAGGGAAAGACCAAAGACACCCCCCAGUAACCUCUCUCCCAUUGAAGAUGCAUCUCCCACAGAAGAAUUGCGUCAGGCUGCAGAAAUGGAGGAGCUCCAUCGCUCUUCUUGUUCCGAAUACUCGCCUAGCAUAGAGUCGGACCCAGAGGGUUUCGAAAUAAGCCCAGAAAAAAUAAUUGAAGUGCAGAAAGUUUACAAAUUGCCCACAGCUGUGUCUUUAUACUCACCAACAGAUGAGCAUGCCGUUAUGCAGAAAGAAGGUGGCCAAAAGGCAUUAAAAAGCGCUGAGGAGAUGUAUGAAGAAAUGAUGCAUAAAACUCACAAAUACAAAGCUUUUCCGGCUGGAAACGAGCGAGAAGAAAUGUUUGAAAAGGAGCCCUUGUAUGGUGGGAUGCUAAUAGAGGAUUACAUUUAUGAGUCUUUAGUAGAGGACACAUACAAUGGUUCAGUCGAUGAUGGUCUGCUAACAAGGCAAGAAGGUGAAAAUGGAUUUAUGCAGCAGAGAGGGCGAGAGCAAAAAAUAAGACUUCCAGAACAGAUUUAUGAGGAUCCUAUGCAGAAAAUUACAGACCUCCAGAAAGAGUUUUAUGAGUUAGAAAGUUUACAUGCUGUUGUGCCUCAAGAAGAUGUUGUUUCAAGUUCUUAUAUCAUCCCAGAAAGCCAUGAGAUAGUAGAUCUGGAUAGCAUGGUAGCUUCUACCAGUGAAGAAAAAAAGUUACUAGAUGCUGAUGCUGCCUAUGAAGAACUCAUGAAGAGGCAGCAGAUGCAGUUAACACCUGAAUCCAGUCCAACCCAACCCCCCGUCAGGGAAGACAUGGCAGAGGCCCCGAUGGACUUUGACAGGUUGCCCGAUGAAUCUUUGACAUCAAGUAUUCUUUCAGGAGCAUCUCUUACAGAUUCGACCAGCAGUGCGACACUCUCAAUUCCCGAUGUUAAAAUAACCCAACAUUUUUCAACCGAGGAAAUUGAAGAUGAAUAUGUAACCGAUUACACGAGAGAAAUUCAAGAGAUAAUUGCCCAUGAAUCACUGAUUUUGACCUACUCUGAGGCUUCAGAAAGUGCUACGUCUGUCCCACCCUCUGACACUCCUUCCCUCACAUCAUCUGUUUCUUCGGUUUGUACCACAGAUAGCUCCUCACCCAGUACUACCCUGGAUAGCAUAACUACAGUUUAUUCAGAGCCAGUAGAUAUAGUGACUAAACUAGGAGAUCCUGGAGAUAUUUCUUCUUCAACAUAUUUUCAAGGUAGCAUCAUAGACUAUCCAGAAGAAAUAAGUAUGUCUUUAGAUCGAACUACCAUACCAGAUGGUAGAACUAGUACUGAUCAUCUUUCAAUUUCCUUAUCUGAUAUGACACCUUCUAUCUUAGAACCUGAAGAAACUAAACCCAAGGGGCUAAUUGCUGACACUAUUUCCACUGCCUUAUCUACAUCUGAAAAGGACUCAGUGAAGAAAGCCAAGAAGGAAACUGGGAAUGGAAUUAUUCUAGAAGUUUUGGAAGCUUACAGAGAUAAAAGGAAGGAUUCUGAGGCUGAACUACCUAAAACUAGCUUAUCUGAAACCAUGUUUGAUCAACUGCCUUCUGGAAUAGCCUUUCCAAUGAAGGAGCAAGUUUCAGCUUCAUGCUUUGUAUCUGGAGAGAACUUUGGUCAAGCAAAACCUGCAUCUCAGUUACCAUCUGGCAGUCCUUCAGUUUCCUCUCUUCCAACUAAAACACACCCAUUCCUACGAAGCUCUUCUUUGGAUACAUCAGCUCAACCUCCUCCACCACCUCCCCCUCCCCCUCCCCCUCCUCCCCCUCCCCCUCCCCCUCCUCCUCCACCACUUCCUCCACCAACCUCACCUAAACCUGCCAUUCAUCCUAAGAAAAAAUUAACAGUUACAGCUCCAGCGACUCUAACUAUGACAGCUGCAUCUCUAGUUGACACUGUGACUACUAUAGAGACCACAGUUGUUCCACGGAGUAAUGGAUUACCUAUAACAAAAAUAUGUACCACUGCACCUCCUCCAGUUCCUCCUAAGCCAUCUUCCAUUCCAUCUAGACUUGUAUUUACCCACAGACCUGAGCCAAGCAAACCUCCCAUUGCCCCUAAACCCCCCAUUACUCAGCACUCAGGACCUACAACAAAACCAACAGAUUCACACCCCAAACCAACAGGUUUGCCUUCAAAUAUGACAUUAAAUUUAGUCACUUCAGCAGAUUAUAAAUUGCCUUCCCCUACCUCCCCGCUUUCCCCUCAUUCUAAUAAGUCCUCACCAAGGUUGUCCAAAUCCCUCAUGGAAACAUAUGUGGUGAUCACGUUGCCAUCUGAACCUGGGACUCCAACAGAUUUUUCUGGUCAGGCAAUUACCAGUUGGCCCCUGGGAUCGCCUCUCAAAGAUAUGAUCGCCACCGAACCUGUAUUUUCUGUAGUUCCUCCUAUCACAGCUCCAGAAAUGUCAUAUUCAUCACAACAGAGCCUGCACAUCUCAGGGCCUUUGGAUACGUUGCCUGCCAUCCAUGUCGCAACACUAUCUUCCUGUCAAGCAGCCCCAAUUUCCGUUACACCUUUUCUUACAACUGAAGUUUAUAAGGCAGAGAUUCCAGCAGCCAGAAGUACAGUCCCUAGUGUCGGUCUCGGCAGCGUCUCCGUAACGAUUCCCCCAGAGCCUCUUGCUUUAGAUACCAUGCAUUUAGAAAAGCGACAGCGUAAAGAAAAUGGAAGGUUGCAGCUUAUCGGGGAUGCCAUGGAUUUGCGUACAGCACCAAAAGUAGAAGUUAAAGCGACUGAGAAAUGUAUGGAUCUUUCUGCUUCUGCAAUGGAUGUGAAAAGACAGACCUCGGCAAAAGAAGCUUAUGGGAGACAAAUCAGUGCUGUCCAACCCUCUAUUAUAAAUCUCAGUGCAACUCCAUCAGUCGUGACUCCGAUAUCCCUGGUCCCUGAGACAGUGACUGCUGUCACGUGCACAGCCAGUGCAAGCUAUACUGCAGGCCCAGAGAGCCUAGUGAGUGUAGAACAUGCAACAGCCACACCACUUCAGCUUACUACAGCAAAGCACACUGAGCCCCCUCACAGGAUACCAAGUGGCCAGUCCUUCCCUACAGUUAAGCAGGAAGCACCAAUGAACUUAUCUUUAAGCACUUCGGCACAGGCAGUGACACUGGCGACUGCAAAGCCGAUUACCGUGCCUCCUGUUGGUGUCACAAAUGGAUGGACUGAUAUCACCACAUCCCAGGGCCUCACUGAUGGAGAGGCAGUGGAUCUCAGUACAACAAAGUCUCACAGGACUCUUGUCACGAUGGAUGAAUCUACUUCAGGUGUGGUGACGAAAAUAAUAGAGGACGAUGAGAAGCCUGUUGAUCUGACUGCCGGGAGAAGAGCUGUGUGUUGCGAUGUAGUUUACAAGUUACCUUUUGGGAGGAGCUGCACAGCACAGCAGCCUGCAACGACUCUUCCCGAGGAUCGGUUUGGUUAUAGGGAUGACCACUAUCAGUAUGACCGAUCGGGGCCAUACGGUUACAGAGGGGUUGGGGGAAUGAAGCCUUCCAUGUCUGACACUAAUUUAGCAGAAGCUGGACAUUUUUUCUAUAAAAGUAAGAAUGCUUUUGGUUAUUCAGGAGAAACUGAUGCAGCAGUAGAUCUAACGUCAGGCAGAAGUUCUACAGGUGAGGUAAUGGAUUAUUCAAGCAAGACUGCAGGUGCAUAUCCAGAAACACGACAAGUCAUUUCAGGAAUUGGGAUUAGUACCCCACAAUAUUCCACAGCCAGAAUGACGCCACCUCCAGGAUCCCAGUAUGGUGUGGGGAGUGUUUUGAGGUCAACUAAUGAUGUUGUCUAUUCUUCAGAGGCAACUCCAGUUCCCUCCACAUUUGCUAUCACCACACAACCUGGCUCCAUUUUCAGCACCACCGUGAGGGAUCUGGCUGGUGCGCACACAACUGAUGCAGUGACUUCAUUCUCCACCCUGCACCAGAGCCAGCCGAUGCCUAGAUCCUAUUUUCUAACAACAGGGGCAUCUGAAACAGACAUUGUAGUAACUGGUAUUGAUAUCAACGCCGGUCUACAAACUAUUACUAUGGAAACUCUCACCACUGAGACAGUAGACUCAGUUCCCACGUUGACCACAGCAUCUGAAGUGUUUUCCGAAGUGGCGGGAGAUGAAAGUGCUCUUUUAAUGGUCCCUGAAGAAGAUAAACAGCAGCAGCAGCUGGACUUAGAGCGUGAGCUCCUGGAGCUGGAGAAAAUCAAGCAGCAGCGUUUUGCUGAGGAGUUGGAGUGGGAGCGUCAGGAAAUUCAAAGGUACCGAGAACAGGAAAAGAUGAUGGUUCAAAAAAAGCUAGAGGAGCUGCAGUCUAUGAAGCACCACCUUCUCUAUCAGCAGGAAGAGGAGCGUCAAGCCCAGUUCAUGAUGAGGCAGGAGACAUUAGCUCAGCAGCAGUUACAGCUGGAGCAGAUCCAACAGCUGCAGCAAAAGCUUCACCAGCAGCUGGAGGAGCAGAAGAUCCGCCAGAUCUAUCAGUACAACUAUGAUCCCUCUGGAACCGCUUCUCCACAAACCACGUCAGAGCAGGCGAUGCUGGAAGGGCAGUAUGCUGCCCCAGAAGGUGGUCAGUUUUGGGCGGCUGAGGAUGCAACCACCACGGCCUCCGCCGUUGUGGCCAUUGAAAUACCGCAAAGCCAAGGAUGGUACACAGUUCAGUCCGAUGGCGUUACUCAGUACAUUGCCCCACCCGGCAUCCUGAGUACAGUUUCAGAAAUACCUUUAACAGACGUUGUUGUAAAAGACGAGAAACAACCCAAAAAGAGAAGCUCUGGAGCUAAAGUCCGUGGACAGUAUGACGAGGCGGGGGAAACUAUGGCAGAGGACCCCCGCUGUUUUAAAAAAAUAGUAGACAGUGGUGUGCAAACCGAUGACGAAGAUGCAGCAGAUCGGGGUUACACGAGCAGGAGAAGGAAAACUAAAAGGAGUGUUGAUACAAGUGUCCAAACGGAUGAUGAAGAUCAGGAUGAAUGGGACAUGCCUGCUAGAUCAAGGAGAAAAACUCGUGUAGCAAAGUAUGGCGACAGCACUACGGAGGCUGAGAAGACCAAACCCGUUUCCAAAGUCUCCAGCAUAGGAGUCCAGACAGUGGCAGAGAUAUCUGUGCAAACUGAACCAGUUGGAACCAUAAGGACACCUUCGAUACGGGCGCACGCGGAUGCCAAGGUAGAAAUAAUUAAACACAUUUCAGCACCCGAAAAGACUUACAAAGGGGGCAGUUUAGGAUGUCAAACAGAAGCAGAUUCAGAAACACAGAGUCCUCAAUACUUGAGUGCCACAUCUCCACCCAAAGACAAGAAACGCCCAACACCUUUAGAGAUUGGUUACUCAUCUCACCUUCGGCCAGAUUCCACACAACAGCUGGCUCCUUCCCCACCCAAAUCUCCAAAAGUCCUUUAUUCACCCAUCUCACCACUUUCACCAGGCAAAGCCUUAGAAUCAGCCUUUGUACCUUAUGAAAAACCCCUCCCUGAUGACAUAAGUCCACAGAAAGUACUGCAUCCAGACAUGGCUAAAGUUCCCCCACCGAGUCCUAAGACAGCCAAGAUGAUGCAGCGGUCCAUGUCUGACCCCAAGCCUCUGAGUCCAACAGCAGACGAAAGUUCCAGGGCUCCUUUUCAGUAUACCGAGGGCUACACGACAAAAGGUUCUCAAACCACAACACCCUCUGGCACCCAGAAAAAAGUGAAGAGAACUCUGCCGAACCCACCUCCUGAGGAGACCUCCACAGGGACUCAGUCAACAUACAGCACAAUGGGCACAGCUUCCAGGAGAAGGAUCUGCAGAACCAACACAAUGGCACGUGCCAAGAUUCUCCAGGAUAUAGACCGAGAACUUGAUCUUGUAGAGAGAGAGUCUGCAAAACUUAGAAAGAAACAAGCAGAGCUUGAUGAGGAAGAGAAAGAGAUAGACGCCAAGUUACGGUACCUGGAAAUGGGAAUUAACAGGAGGAAGGAGGCACUGUUAAAGGAGAGAGAGAAGAGAGAGCGAGCCUACCUCCAGGGGGUGGCUGAGGAACGGGAUUACAUGUCUGACAGUGAGGUGAGCAGCACCAGGCCAUCCCGAGUAGAAAGUCAGCAUGGCAUAGAGCGACCGAGAACCGCUCCCCAAACCGAAUUCAGCCAGUUCAUACCCCCACAAACCCAAACAGAAUCUCAGCUAGUUCCUCCUACGAGUCCUUACACACAAUACCAAUACUCGUCUCCUGCUCUUCCUACCCAGGCACCCACCCCAUACACCCAGCAAUCCCAUUUUCAGCAACAAACUCUGUACCACCAGCAGGUUUCACCUUAUCAGACUCAGCCAACAUUCCAAGCUGUGGCAACAAUGUCCUUCACACCUCAAGCUCAACCUACACCAGCCCCACAACCUUCUUACCAGUUACCAUCACAGAUGAUGGUGAUACAACAAAAGCCACGGCAAACUACGUUAUAUCUGGAGCCCAAGAUUACUUCAAACUAUGAGGUGAUUCGAAACCAGCCCCUGAUGAUAGCACCUGUUUCUACUGAUAAUACAUACGCCGUUUCCCAUCUUGGUAGUAAGUACAAUAGCCUAGACCUGAGAAUGGGGUUGGAGGAGAGAAGUAGCAUGGCAAGCAGUCCAAUAUCAAGCAUUUCUGGAGAUUCCUUUUACGCAGAUAUUGACCACCAUACUUCACGGAAUUUUGUCCUAAUUGAUGACAUUGGAGAGAUUACCAAAGGAACAGCAGCGUUAACCACUGCAUUUAAUCUUCACGAAAAGGAUCUGUCCAAAACAGACCGCCUCCUUAGAACCACUGAAACACGGAGGUCUCAAGAAGUGACCGAUUUCCUAACACCUCUGCAGACUUCCUCAAGAUUGCAUAGUUAUGUGAAAGCAGAGGAAGAUCCAAUGGAGGAUCCUUAUGAGUUAAAGCUUCUGAAGCAGCAGAUUAAACAAGAAUUCCGUAGAGGGGCAGAGAGCCUCGAUCACCUGGCCGGUCUUUCCCAUUAUUACCAUGGUGAUACUAGCUAUAGACAUUUUCCCAAAUCAGAAAAGUACAGCAUUAGUAGACUCACACUUGAAAAACAAGCAGCAAAACAACUUCCAGCAGCCAUACUCUAUCAAAAGCAGUCAAAGCAUAAGAAAUCACUAAUUGACCCUAAAAUGUCAAAAUUUUCACCCAUUCAAGAAAGCAGAGACCUUGAACCUGAUUAUUCAAGCUAUAUGACCUCUGGCACUUCUUCUAUUGGUGGAAUCUCUUCCAGAGCAAGGCUUCUUCAAGAUGAAAUCACUUUUGGCCUCCGAAAAAAUAUUACAGACCAACAAAAAUUUGUGGGAUCAUCUCUUAGCUCAGGACUGGGGACAUUAGGGAAUACCAUACGGUCAGCUCUGCAGGAUGAAGCGGACAAGCCAUACAGCAGUGGCAGCAGGUCCAGACCUUCUUCCAGACCUUCUUCUGUCUACGGGCUUGAUUUAUCAAUAAAAAGAGAUUCUUCCAGUUCUUCUCUAAGACUGAAAGCUCAAGAAGCUGAAGCUCUAGAUGUUUCCUUUGGUCAUGCAUCACCCUCUGGCAGAACUAAGCCUACCAGUUUGCCAAUUAGCCAGAGUAGAGGAAGAAUACCAAUUGUGGCCCAGAAUUCUGAAGAAGAAAGUCCACUCAGUCCUGUUGGCCAGCCAAUGGGAAUGGCCAGGGCGGCAGCUGGACCCCUGCCACCGAUAUCUGCAGACACCAGAGAUCAGUUUGGAUCAAGUCACUCAUUGCCUGAAGUUCAGCAACACAUGAGAGAAGAAUCACGGACUCGAGGCUAUGACCGUGACAUAGCUUUCAUCAUGGAUGACUUCCAACAUGCCAUGUCAGACAGUGAAGCCUAUCAUCUGCGUCGUGAAGAAACAGAUUGGUUUGACAAACCCAGGGAGUCUCGUUUGGAAAAUGGACAUGGUCUGGAUCGAAAACUGCCAGAAAGAUUGGUCCACUCUAGACCACUCAGUCAACAUCAAGAGCAAAUUAUACAGAUGAAUGGGAAGACUGUGCACUAUAUCUUUCCUCAUGCAAGGAUAAAAAUAACAAGGGACUCUAAGGAUCACACAGUUUCAGGUAAUGGAUUAGGAAUUAGAAUUGUGGGUGGUAAAGAAAUUCCUGGACACAGUGGAGAAAUUGGAGCGUAUAUUGCCAAGAUUCUUCCUGGGGGAAGUGCAGAACAGACAGGGAGACUUGCGGAAGGGAUGCAAGUUUUGGAAUGGAAUGGAAUUCCUUUAACUUCUAAAACAUACGAAGAAGUGCAGAGUAUCAUUAGUCAGCAAAGUGGGGAAGCAGAAAUAUGUGUAAGACUGGACCUCAAUAUGCUCUCAGAUUCUGAAAAUCCCCAACACCUGGAACUUCAUGAACCACCAAAAUCUGUGGAUAAAGCAAAGUCCCCAGGGGUGGAUCCUAAGCAACUGGCUGCAGAGCUCCAGAAGGUUUCGCUACAGCAGUCACCGCUGGUCAUGUCCACCGUCGUGGAAAAAGGAUCUCAUGCUCAUUCAGGCCCUACAUCAGCAGGAUCCAGUUCUGUCCCCAGCCCCGGGCAACCAGGGUCCCCCUCGGUGAGCAAAAAGAAACACAGCAGCAGCAAGCCUACUGAUGCAACAAAGGUUGUCUCUCAUCCAAUUACAGGAGAAAUUCAGCUUCAAAUCAACUAUGAUCUUGGCAAUCUCAUAAUACACAUUCUCCAAGCAAGAAACUUAGUCCCUCGAGACAACAAUGGUUAUUCUGACCCCUUUGUUAAAGUGUACCUUCUUCCAGGGCGAGGUCAAGUCAUGGUUGUCCAGAAUGCAAGUGCUGAAUACAAGAGAAGGACUAAAUAUGUUCAGAAGAGUCUUAAUCCUGAGUGGAAUCAAACAGUAAUUUAUAAAAGUAUCUCCAUGGAACAGCUCAAGAAGAAAACACUGGAGGUGACAGUCUGGGAUUAUGAUAGAUUUUCUUCUAAUGACUUUCUUGGUGAGGUAUUGAUUGAUUUAUCUAGCACAUCUCACCUCGAUAACACUCCCCGGUGGUAUCCACUCAAAGAACAGACUGAAAGCAUUGAUCAUGGCAAGUCCCAUUCUGGUCAAAGCAGCCAGCAGUCCCCAAAGCCCUCUGUCAUCAAAAGCAGAAGCCAUGGUAUCUUCCCCGACCCGGCCAAGGACAUGCAGGUUCCCACCAUUGAGAAGUCCCACAGUAGUCCUGGCAGCUCGAAAUCCUCAUCCGAAGGCCAUCUCCGCUCUCACGGACCGUCUCGCAGCCAAAGCAAAACCAGCGUCACCCAGGCCCACCUGGAAGAUGCGGGGGCCGCCAUAGCUGCUGCCGAAGCCGCCGUGCAGCAGCAACGCCUUCAACCAACCAAUGGCAACCAAGACCAAAGCCAGCUAGCCCUCAGGAAGGCGAUGUCCGAUGGACCAGUCAAGCCAGAAGGAGCAAAGCCUACCAAUCACCGGCCUGCAGACAGCUCCGUGUCCACCGGCUCCUCGGGCAGCAGCUUUGGCAGUGGGUAUAGCGUGGACAGUGAAGGAAGCAGCAGCACUGCAGGGGAGACUAAUCUAUUUCCUAUCCCAAGGAUAGGGAAGAUGGGGCAGAAUGGGCAAGAUCCUAUGAAACAGCCAGGAGUUGGAGUGGGCCUAUCAGACACUGAAGUUAAAACUCAGGUAAUGGGAGAAAUCAAGAUUGCAUUGAAGAGAGAAAUGAAGACAGAUGGUGAACAACUAGUAGUUGAAAUUCUCCAAUGCAGAAAUAUCACCUACAAAUUUAAAUCUCCUGAUCAUUUACCAGAUUUAUAUGUGAAAAUAUAUGUGAUGAACAUUUCUACCCAAAAAAAGGUGAUCAAGAAAAAAACAAGAGUAUGUAGACACGAUCGAGAGCCUUCAUUCAACGAAACUUUUCGAUUCAGCCUAAGUCCUGCUGGACAUUCUCUUCAGAUUUUACUUUUCUCCAAUGGAGGGAAAUUUAUGAAAAAGACCUUGAUUGGUGAAGCCUGUGUCUGGCUUGACAAAGUGGAUCUCAGAAAAAGAAUAGUCAACUGGCACAAACUUUUGGUCAGUUCUACUCAAACCCAUUGAAGAAACGUGUCUGCUCAGGUUAUGGAAACUGCACUAAAUGAUCUCAAAUGAAGACUAUAGUUGGAUACUAUUGUAUUAAGCUGUGUUUUCAGGGGUAAACGUGAGAGGCGAAACAACAGGCAAAAACAUCCUUAAAGCCUUGUGAGUGUGUUGUGGUGAAACACAGGAAGAAACUCGAUUGAAAUGUUUCAUGUGUGGAAGGCCAAACGGAAAAGAAGCCCUGACACCUUGGAUUGCUUGCAGCUGUGAAGAAAGACAGUGAGAAAAUGUUUGAUUACUUGACACGAAAAUCUUUGAGCAGAGUUGAGCUAGAGCUAAAGGCAGAGGCUUGAAGAUUAAAAAUGAUUUCCAAUGCAAACAAAAUUAGCUCUUUAUGCGAAUAGUCCUUGGUUGAAAGGAAAGAACUGAUGUAAUAAAUCUGUUUUCAAAGGUUUUCUUUUAUCUCCUCAGACAAUUUAUUGUUCUGAGAUUGUUACAUAGGAUACACCUACAAUAUGUAUCCACGUCUAGAAAUAAGGUAGUUGUGGUCAUAGGAAAAAGAGAACCAAAAAUGUAUCAAUAGAAAUUAUGGUUUUCUCUGUGUCUAAAUGUUACAAGGGUAAACCACACUAAUUUUGGAAUCCAUGUUGCAAAAGCACAUUUGUACAAUCUGAAGUAAUGUAGAAUGAAGAUGAUAUUAAGUAGAAAUGGAAUUACAUUUAUCUAAAAAUAAAGCCAGGAUUGGCAAAGAAAGAAUAUUGCACCACAAAAUGUUGGGACCUUGGUUGAAAACAAAAUCUUCAUAACUUACCCUUAAAUCAAGACAUUUUCAUUCAACAUACCCGAGGAAAUAGAUUAAAUUGGUAUGUACUAGGAAGCAUGAUAAUUUUUUGUGUGGAAUUACAAGUGAAUUUAUUAUCUCACAUAUUUCAUUUCUCUUGAGUGAGGUAUUGACAGAGUGAAAAUUAUUCCUCCGGUAAACAAAUCCUAGUAAUCUGUGGCACUGAUUCAUUAAACUGGUGUCAUUUUCUGCUUUUCCAUAAUUGUGUGUUUUUCUCUUAACACAUUAACUGAUUGUAUAAGGAAAACCCUGACACCAGACUCAAAUGAUCUCUCUGCUCCAUUUUCUCCUUUUAGUGACAAUAUCCCAGUGAUCUAGUUUGUUCAUAUUGGGAAAUAUGUGAAAUGUUAACAUUAUAUUGAAGUUUAAAUAUAAUUUGAGCUAUUUUAAUACUAUAGAAUGAAAGGACCAAUGUCUAAGUUACUAAAAGGAUGCAUCCACUCCUCCAUCAGCCAACAUUACCAAAGGAAGUAACACACAGUUGUAGGAAACACACUCAAUUGGGAUUGAAAAGCCUGCCUUCGGGUCUUGGUUCUGCCACUGACUAACUGGGUCACCUUGCACAUGUCACUUAAACUCACUUUCCCCCAGUGUCCUUAUUUGUAGGAUAAAAAAUUAAAUAUGUCUAGCCUUCCUGAUGGAAUGAUAGGAUGAUCAAACUAAGUGAUCAGAGAGAGAACACGAAAGCACAUUUCCAAGUAUAGUUUUAUACACAUAAGUGAGGAAUAAUUAUUACGCAGCUUUUUAUUUUUCAAAUUUUAUAUGCAAAAAGGCAUCCUUCUAACCAAUGGCACAUGUUAUCUGGGGUAAGAGCAGUGUAUUAGUUCCUAAAAAGAUUUUUUCACUUUAAAAUAUAUUAUACAUUUUCAUUUAAUCUGAAAAAGUUGAAGAAUUAAAUUAAAAAAUAUUUGUAAAUUGGGUUGUUAUCAAUUAACAUACUGAUUUUAUCCCCUUCCCAUAUCUUAUCCCAAAAUAAAUUAAUUAAAUUGCUUCUCAAAGCAUUCUAAUCUUAAAUGCUGCUUUUUUAUUGAAGGCUGAGGUUUUAGUGGAUUUAGAGAAAUCAUCUCCAAAUAUAUUAUUUGGAUAUUGAAUGUCCUCAUGUUUAAAGAAAUUGAUUAAAUGUAAAACAUUAAAAGUAAAAUAAUUUUUUAUUCCAGGUUAUAUAUCUUUCAUGAAAAAAUACAAAUUCACUCCUCCUCAGUCUAAGAAAGAUAAUAGUCAUUUACUCUUUCCUCCAUUUUUAUUUAUCCUUCCUUCCCUGACAAAACAAUGCUGUUUACCAUUGACAUUUCUUUUAAAUGAACAUGCGUGGAGGGGAUCACUCAAGAUUUGAUAUUGCUAGGAUUUUAUUUUUAGAGGCAACUAUAUCUGUUGAUGGUUGCCAUGGAUAUUUCCAGCAGAAGUUAGCACUUUAGGAAGCUGAUAAUCACCACUCAUACUUGGGGAAGGAAAGAGUUCAGAAAGAUCUCCUUCUGACAUAAAAUGGGCUCUGCUACUUCUUUCCAUUGGAAAGGAACUCAAGCUCACGUUAGGUCCUCUUCUGCAGCACUUACAUCCAGAGGUACGCGGACAGGUUGUAUAACCAGUUAGUUUACCAGUUGUUGCAACUUCUUUUCUAGUAAUACAACUGAAGGUGCCACCAAAACCAAGAGCAUCCCUUGGUAGCUAUUUGACCUGUGAGAGGAGGAGCUUUUCCAUUACAGGUGCCUCUCUACUCCAAGGAAAUGGUGAUCAGGCCAAGUCAAUCAAGAGAGUUAACAACAGGGCUUCUUUUUGUGCACCAGCAUCCCCCUUCAGAGAGCAUGAGAUCCUGCCGUGGUUUACCGAGAGUGCAGCUAACCACUCAUAAGUUGUACUGGAACUAUUCUAUGCAACACUGAUCCUUAUGCGAAUGCACUUCUGAAUGAUGCUGAUAACCCUCUGUUUCUUUUUUUAUUGUAAUAGGGCUCUUGGUGUUUGUUACUUUUUUUGUAUAUAUCACAGCACUCACUUUCCCACUUUUUAUUUUACUUUAUUUUUAUUGAAAUUAGCUUUUUUUUCUUUAUCCUAAUAGUGACGAAGUUUGUAAUCUUCAAAAUAACACAUUAGUGCAGUCACAUCUCUUAUACAUUGAAGAGAUAUAUAUUUAAAAAAUCCUAAUUUUCCCCAGUUUCCUCAAGUCACCAGGGACUGAAGUUGCUUCUUGGUUGAAAACGUGGUCCUCAACACCUUUUAGCUAUAGAAGCAAAGGCACAGAGUACAUUUUCACAAAAGUCAGGGACUUACAGAAUGGUUGUUGCUGUCAUAAAUAACAUUAGUUGCAAAAAGUUGGUGUUUCCCCUGUUCUUAUAAUACUUAAGAUAAAGGAGGUUUUUGGUGACUGUAAUUUUUAUUUAGCAUUUUAGUUUAAAGGAAUAAUAUCCAGGACUAAGGGGCAGUGAUUGCUUUGCUCCUUAAGGUUGCCCAUAUUGUAAUUACUCACAGUAAUAAGAGCAUAUUUUAAGCAUCAGUGGAAUUCAUUUUGUGGAACACACACAUUAAAAUAGUCAUAUUGUGGGACUAUAAUAGCUGGUAACCAGCUGAUAUUGAUUCUUAUUAUAGGAAUAGUUGUGAUGAUAGGGUGAUAACUGUAGUGACACUAGGUUGGUGGUGAUGUGAGGUAAAUUAAAAGUAUACACUAUAUUGUGCCCAAUUUAUUAGAAAUUAUUUGAUCAAUGUUUCAUUUCAUUAUGAUAUCAUAAAGAUAUAGUAUUUUUUUACUUUAUUAUUUAAAUCAUAACUGACAAUAUUUUUAAAAACUUAUUUUCAUUGCUACAAUGUCUAAUAUUCCAAAGUCAGCCGACUACAGCUAUAUAUGUUUAUAACUCUAAGUGUGACAGAGUGGUGUUCCCUGAGAGGGAAGUGAAAGAAAGCUCAAUGAAUAAUUAUGAACUAUCUCUUUAAUAAUUACUUGCCUUUAAUGUAAUACAAGAAUGAAUGAGUGAAAUAGAUUUUCCCAUUGAAUAUAGAACAUUGAUAUGUUCUGUAUGUUCCAUGUAGUUAUUGUCAAAGAUCCCCAUUAAAUCUAAAUCAUUUAAUCAAAUGAUUCCUUAUCUGAUAGGUAGAUUCAGAGCAUUUUCUUAAUUCAUUGCCCUGUAUAUAAUUAUACAUUUGGUAAAUUAGACAAAGUUAAAGUAUUCAUUUCACUUGGCAUUCAGCAUGUGAAUAUGAUUAUUGUUUGAUUGUGUCUAUAUAUUUGUCGGUGAUGUGCUCAGGUGCUCCCACUACCGAUUAAUGUGUGUGCUGAUAUCCUAACAAAAACACAUCUGGUGUUCAAGAAAAACAAAUUCUUGUCUGAAAAAGAAUAAAAACCAAAUAAAAUUGUUUUCAAGAUAAAAAAUGAAAUACUUGGAAAUAUGUCUUGUUUAUAAUUAUAUGUUGCAUGCCACGUUGGUGAUUUGCUAAUGUGUUUUUCUUUUCUGUUCUAUUCAAAUCUCUCUGGAAAAUCUAAUGAACAAAUUCUUGGGCUAAAGGUUAUAUAAAUUGAAAUGAAAUACAUGAGAAUUGAAUUUAAAAAUGCUUGUAAAUCUGUCUUGAGUUUUACUUUAUGUGAAAAUAUGUCUUGGUUUUGUGAUUGUAUACAAGAUGUAUCUUAAUAACUUAUGCAAAUUGUGCUGUUUAAAGGCUGUGGCCUCAGCCUUACAAAUAAAUAUUGAAAACAUCAA